GUUUGUGGCACUGGUAUUGCCCCAAAGGCAAAAGUAGCAGGUAUAAGACUGAUCGAUGGUGACAUCACCGAUACGGAGGAAGCGAAAGCACUGUCUCAUGCUCUAAAUCUGGUGGACAUAUAUAGUAGUAGCUGGGGUCCGAUGGACGAUGGCCAAACAGUCGAGGGGCCAGGCAAGAGGACGCUAGCUGCACUACAAAGAGGUGUAAGAGAUGGGCGUGAUGGUCUUGGAGCGGUGUACCUAUUUGCUAGUGGAAAUGGGCAAAACAUUGAUGACUGCAACUGUGAUGGGUAUGCCAAUUCAGUUUACACCUUGAGUAUCGGCGCGGUCGAUAGCAACCAUAAUCAACCUUGGUACAGUGAGUCCUGCUCAGCAAUGAUCGCAGUAACAUAUAGUUCGGGUGAAGAUAAUGAACCAGGCAUAUCUACUAUCGAUGUCGGCGGAGAAUGUACAGACGAGCAUAGCGGUACAUCCGCAGCCACGCCAUUGGCGGCCGGCAUCAUUUCUCUCGUUUUGAGCGCGAAUCCGUUACUUACAUGGAGAGACAUCCAACAUCUUAUUGUGGAAACUGCAACCAAAGUUAACGAGGACGAUCUUUCGUGGAGCCUGAACGGGGCUAGUCACCUAGUAAGUCACAAAUAUGGCUUUGGAUUACUGAAUGCUGGGGCGAUGGUUCGUGCUGGAUUACUUUGGAACAGCGUAGGUUCCUUAGAGGUUUCAACGGUCAAUGGUGGCCCUCAGAUGUCAUCAAUAGACCCUCAAGCGGGGCGACAAAUUCUGGAGAUAGCAGAUUCAAAAAAUGCGGAAUUGGGCUUAAUGGAGUAUGCGAACUUCGCUCGAUCGGAUGAAUCACAUGGUGAGUGCUGCAUCGAUCGUCUGUCAAUUAUUGAGAAUACUCUCGAUAGUGUCGCCUGCCUCUACGCCAAAUCUCUUACUGUACUCAUCGUCACUGCAUCUGCUCCCCAAAAUACAAUAGGAGUCGACAGCAUUGAAACUGUAGCUGUGACGCUCACAAUCCUACACGAGUGCCGCGGCGAUCUGGAAAUAAUUAUAUACUCUCCCAUGGGGUCGAGGUGUGUACUCGAAAGCUAA